AUGGGCUUGGAGGUGAAUGGUGAAGAUGUGGAGGAGUUAGUGGAGGAUCACCAGAACAAACUCAUCACAGAAGAACUCCAAGACCUUCAGAGGGAACAGCAAAUUAGGGCAUUUGAGGAAUUGUCUUCAGAGGAAGAGGGAAGGGAAAAUCUUCACA